AUGUUCACCAUAGUCAUUGGAACGAUCCUAUACUAUCCGCGCCAGUACACACUCCAGAAAUGUGAGGUGGUGUUGGUUAGGGACAUAAACGUUAGCAAAUGUCAGAACCUGAGAGCCUAUAGUCCUUUUCAAGAACAAGACCCUGCCCUCUUCUCCCACAUGCUGGUCCAGAAGCGACCAGGGUACUUUACUCGAGAUGAGGAUACUAACUCCCCUGGAUCGUUUGUCCGGGACAUUCAUCCCUUUUACAUUGGUGGAGAGGACUUUGAGAGUCGCCAUGACCUGGUCGCAGGCGCAAGGGGGAAGAGGGAGGGUGGACGUGAACUAGGGGGGUCAAGGAAUAGAUGGAUAGUGAAAACUGCCAGAUGUGUCUUGAAGAUCAAUGGCCUAAUGAGGCUAGAAAUAUUUGUGUUGCCAAACUUUAGCACUCCCAUAGUCAGAGCCAAUAACAGGAACCUCAGCUUCAUUCUGCUCUUCUCUCUCAUGCUGAGUUUCCUUUCUGUUUUCCUGUUCAUUGGACAUCCGGUGGAUAUAACUUGUAUGCUGCAACAAGUCGUCUUUGGAAUUGUCUUCACAGUCUCUCUGUCUUCUAUCCUAGCCAAAACCAUCAUGGUUUUUAUUGCUUUUAAAGCCACCAGACCUGGAAGCUCCUGUAGGAAAUUGGUGGGAGUCAAACUUCCCAAUACAGUCCUUUUGUUAUGCUCAUUAAUUCAGGUUAUGAUUGCUGUUUUCUGGUUGUCCAUCUCUCCACCAUUUCAAGAGUAUGACAUGCACUCUUCUGCUGGAAAGAUCAUAAUUCAGUGUAAUGAAGGGUCAGUUGUUGGGUUCUACUCUGUGUUGGGUUAUAUGGGGCUUCUGGCAGCUGUGAGCUUUGUUCUGGCUUUCAUGGUGAGGACAUUACCGGAUAGUUUUAAUGAGGCCAAGUACAUC